GUUCCGUCUUAUGUCAUGCUUGGAAUUCCAAAGCAUGAGGAAGCCCCUUCAACCCCACCGCGGCCCCUUUCACCUAUGGGAGAGGCCUGUUCCCGGAUGGACCUCACAGCAAUUCAUCAAAUCUUGGUUAUGACCCACUACAGAGAUGAUGAAGGAACCAAUGAGUUGUCGUUCCAAGAGUGGACUCAGCAAAUGAGAGACAUGCUCGAUGCAAGAAAAAGAGGGGACUAUGCAUUCAAGGACAAAGAUUUUAAAACUGCCAUUGACUGUUAUUCCCAGUUCAUAAAUGUAGGAACAAUGGUCUCUCCAACUGUUUUUGCUAGGCGCAGUUUGUGCUAUUUGUUAUGCGAUCAACCCGAUCCCGCUCUUCGAGAUGCGAUGCAAGCGCAGUGUGUUUACCCGGAUUGGCCUACGGCGUUUUACAUGCAGUCGGUAGCUCUUGCAAAGUUGGACAUGCACAAGGAUGCGGCUGACAUGUUGAAUGAGGCAGCCUCAUUAGAAGAGAAGAGGCAACGAGGUGGGAGGGGAUAGGGAGAAAUGAGAAUCAAACCUAACAGAAACCCGUUCAACACUACUAAUAAUGUUGUUGAGGCUGACCUAAAUUUGUAUAAAAUCCGAGCUGUGAAUCAAAAUUGCUUUCUCAAUUGAAUUGUCUAUAUAACUUAUAUAUAAAAGGAAGCCGUCCUGUUCAUCAUAAAAAA